AUGGAAUAGUAGAUUUUCAAAGUACCCAAUAAUAGGUAGAUGAACUAUUCGAUGAAGAUAGACAAAUCUCAUAUAAACUAGCAAAUUAAAAAAAUGAGUAAUUUCCUCACAAGAUGGAGUCAAUUUGGCUUAACAAAAAAGUAAGAGAGUGACUCUAAUCAGCCUACAUUUUUCUAAGAUCAAAUGCUGAAUAUAUUAAUUACUGGGUUUCUGGAAAAGGGUACUCUUCAUUAUAUCAAUAUUGCAAACGACAUAAAAUCUGUCAGCCAGGAAAGCAAGCACUUUAUUCUUCAAAUAAAACAAAUCAUAGUUUUGUUGAAGAAAAUAUUCUUUGAGUCUGACUAAUUUUUAGUCAUUUCCUUAGACAAGUUAUUGUCUUUAGUGGAGUCAAUGCUCGAGACAUACUUUGCUGUCAACUUCACAUUCCAAUAAGAUGAGGAUCAAGAUUUUGUAAUUGAAGAUGACAUCAGCUCAGCUGCUAAUUAAAUGAUAUAGAUCAUGACUUUUCUACAAAACUUAAGAGUAAUUAUUGGUAUUCUAGCCAACAUAAUGAAUAAUCAAAUUAAGAUUCUGAUCAGACAGAGAGUUGUCUAUUCCAAAGAGCUAUUCAACUUUGAGUCUUAUUUAUCACUAGCUAUGAACGACAAAAAGCUUGUAAGAGAGACAAUCUUUAUUAAGAAUGGUAAAACUCUGAUGAAAGAAUAUUUUACUUUCCAUCUGAAGUAAACUAAUGAGAGUCUGAUAGCAUUUGAUUUAAUGAAUCCAAACUAAAUUUGCUUAUUCAUCAACAACCUUGCCUAGAAUUUCUUCAAAGAAUUCAAAAUGAACUACAGAAAUGUGGCAAGUGUUUACAAAAUUUUCAAUGUGAUCCACAAGUUCUUUGAGACUACACAGAAUCAAACUAUCAGAACAUUCAUUGAAUUCAACCUUGUAAAUCUUUGUGAUACUCUCGCAUAAGAGUAGUUCAAAAUGGCCCUUCAUAUUUUUAAUGAGAAGAACUUUGUUAGCUAAACAAAUGUGGAUAAAUUUACGAACGAGCUUUUGAAAAUAAAUGACUUUAUCAAAUUCUUGUUUUUCUUGAACACAGGGGCUUAUCAAUGUAUAAGAACAGUCAGAGAGAUUUAGUAUAAAGUGAAGAAGUUUACAGAUGUUGCUUAGAGAAGGAUUGACAAGGUAAUAGAAAGAUAGAAACUUCAAGGAGUGAUAAUCAACAUUAAGUAUCCUAUUGAUAGAAUGAAUUCAAAGAGAUGA